AUGGCAGCAACAAGCUCACCUCCUGAAGAGGACUUACUCUGUCCUCAGUGCUCCGGCAUUUAUUGCCUUCCUGUUCUCCUGAAAUGCGGCCACAACAUUUGCAGAGUUUGCUUACAGAAAUUCUGGGAAUGGAAAGGAUGUCGAGAAUGUCCUGUGUGUGGCACCGCGUCCGUCCCCGGGAGGCCUCCUAUCAACCUGGCACUAAAGAUAGCCGCAGACCAAUAUCAGGCGCAAAGGGCCAGCGGGAAUCGAGAAGUUUGUGUCCUUCACAACGAGAAGCUGAAGAUUUUCUGUCAGAACGACGAAGAGCCCAUCUGUCUGGUCUGCCAAACAUCAAAACGGCAUAAAGUUCACGAGUGCUGCCCUGUAGAGGAGGCGGCCCCGCAGAAAAAGGCUGAAAUUUCCACCAUGCUGGAGUCCUUGAGGAAGAAGCUCAGAUUACUGAACAAGACAAAGGAGCAGUGGGAGGAAACUAAACACUACAUCAAGACUCAGGCUUACCAAAGCGAGAGUGAAAUCAAGGAGGAGUUCAAGAAGCUACACCUGUUCCUUUGGGAGGAGGAAAAGUCCAGGCUGAAGGUGCUCAAACAGGAAGAGGAAAUCAAGAACCAGGUGAUGUGCGAGAAGCUGGAAACCAUCGAGGACCAGAUCAAAACCCUUUCCUCCACGAUCAGUGAUAUUGAGUCUGCCCUCGGACAAAGGGACUUAGCAUUUUUACAGGACUACAAGCAGACAAAGAAAAGGGCCAAAGACAACGUUCGAGAGCCAGAGUGUAUCAGAGAUAUCCUGAUUAACUCUGCAAAGCAUCUGGGAUUACUUAAGUUUGGAAUUUGGAAGAAGAUGGUUAGCAUUGUUAAAUAUGUUCCCAUCACUCUGGAUCCAAACACAGCCCAGUCCAACUUAAAGUUCUCUGAAGAGCUCACCUGUGUGCAGUACAGCAAUAAGCAGCUCCUACCUGACAACCCUGAACGCUGCACCAGCCGUGUGUGUGUGCUGGGAGCCAUCGGCUUCAUGUCUGGAAAGCACAGCUGGACCGUAGACGUGGGCCAAGGCAAGGACUGGUAUAUCGGAGUGGCCCAGGAGUCCAUAAAAAGGAAGAGCACCGUCUUCCUCAACCCAUCCGAGGGCUUCUGGGUGAUUGGCCUCUGCAACGGAGACACAUUCUGGGCUCAGACCUCGCCUCGCACCAAGCUCACGCUGAGGCAGAAACCCACGAGGAUUACCAUAAAACUGGACUACGACAAAGGAAAGGUAGUUUUCAUCAGCGCUGCCGACUUGACACCAAUACACACUUUCAAUGACAGAUUCUCAGAGAGGAUUUUUCCCUUCUUCUCCCCUGGAUUGUAUAACGAGGAGAAAAACUCCAGCCCCCUGACAAUCUGUCCUCUGACAGUAACAGUGGAUGUACAGUAG